ACUGAAGGCAGCGCGAGCGCACAGCUCACUCUCUACCAAACUUGAUUUCAAUGUCCAAACUCAAGGCUUUAUCAGCUGUGUGGAAUACAUUCAAGAAGGAGGGCGGGUAAUAUUCACGGCACUUUAGACUUCAGGCUGUUUCCCAUAGGGCACAAAGCUUCUGGGAUUACUUGUAUGUUCUUAAUAAGUAAACAGCGGUGCUAUUCUCUUCGCAACACAAGUGGACUGCUAAUCUUUAAGCAUACUUUCUGCUGCGGCUGGUUUUUGUGUUGCAGUCGGCGUUCAACUAUCGCGUGAAAUCCAAAUUAUGAUCCGAUAAGAGUUCGCUUUUACACGCUGGCGAGACGUCGAUGUUGCACUGUUUUCUACGUGUACAUUUGUGUUGUCGCGAAUUCCAUCCGGUCUGUAAAUCAAACUGAACUGCCGGCUCGUUGAUGUUAACUGUUACUUUGUUGAGGGGGCGAACCGGUCUCGGCUGCUCUCCCUUUGUUUGGACUCAGGACUCUGCUGAAUCCACUGGGGUUCCGUUUCAAACAUCUCAUUCGACCGCGAACGCUAUUUUAGGAUGGCCCCACAAAAGCACGGCUCUGGUGGAAACGGUUUUUAUGCCAACAGCACGAGUAAAGCUGCUAAUGGAGGAGCGCACGUAUCGUCCGGUGUUGUGAUGCCUUCAGUCAAGCGACCCAAGAUGGAGCAGAUCCAAGCCGACCACGAACUCUUCCUGCAGGCGUUCGAGAAACCAACUCAAAUAUACAGAUUUCUUCGCACAAGGAAUCUCAUAGCACCAAUCUUCCUGCACAGAUCUCUUACGUAUAUGGCCCACAGAAACUCAAGAACAAAUUCAAAAAGAAAGUGUUUUAGCGUGAACGAUCUCCUAUUCAAAGUAGAGAAGUCAAAAGUGGAUCAGGAAUCUCACAAUAUGUCUUCAAACCUGCAGCUCACUUUCACUGGAUUCUUCCAUAAAACUGAGAAGCCAUUGCAGAACUCAGAGAAUGAAGAAAACUCUGUGUCUGUAGAAGUGCUGCUCGUCAAGGUCUGCCACAAGAAGAGAAAGGAUGUGAGUUGCCCAGUGAAGCAAGUGCCGACAGGUAAAAAGCAGGUGCCUCUGAACCCAGAUAUCAGUCAGACCAAGCUAGGAGCUUUUCCCACACUGGUAGUGCCCAGCCAUGAGUUUGAACCCAGUAACAGCCACAUGGUGAAGUCCUACUCCCUUCUGUUCAGAGUGUCACGUCCAGGGGGGAGAGAGCUCAAUGCCAUGACCACCAGAGAUUCCAAUGUUAUUGAAGAGCUGUCUAGCAGGAAGAGGAGAUACUGCUCUCAUCAGGAUGAUGGGGAAACAACAUUUGUGGCACAAAUGACAGUUUUUGAUAAAAAUAGACGCCUCCAGCUUUUGGAUGGUGAGUAUGAAGUCUCCAUGCAAGAGAUGGAGGAGAGUCCUGUAGGCAAGAAAAGGGCAACGUGGGAAACCAUACUAGAUGGGAAGUGGCUUCCACCCUUCGAGACCUUUUCUCAGGGACCCACACUGCAGUUCACUUUGAGAUGGACCAACGACACUACUGACAGAGGAACGGCACCAGUGGCUAAACCGCUUGCCACACGCAAUUCUGAAUCCAGCACAGUAGACAGCAGCAAGCCUAGUAAUGUAAAGCCGCCACAAGCAGUAGCUGUUAAUGAUUCAGUUGGUGCUGAUCUACCAGUAAGAAGAGAACAAACUCAUGUUGAACCUCGUCAGAAAAUACGUGUUUAUUAUCAGUUCCUCUACAACAAUAACACACGGCAGCAGACGGAGGCCAGAGAUGACCUGCACUGUCCGUGGUGCACGUUGAACUGCCGUAAACUCUACAGCCUCCUCAAGCACCUCAAGCUCUCACACAGCCGCUUCAUCUUCAACUAUGUGCCUCAUCCUAAAGGAGCCAGGAUAGAUGUGUCGAUUAAUGAAUGCUAUGACGGCUCUUACGUGGGCAACCCUCAGGACAUCCACUGCCAGCCUGGUUUUGCCUUCAGCCGUAACGGCCCAGUAAAGAGGACUCCAGUUACGCACUUCCUUGUCUGCAGGCCCAAGCGCUCAAAGCCCAGCCUCUCUGAGUUCCUGGAGCCAGAAGAUGGAGAACAGGAGCAGCCACGGACGUACAUCAGCGGCCACAACCGCCUGUACUUCCACAGUGACAGCUGCGUGCCGCUUAGACCACAGGAAAUGGAAGUGGACAGUGAGGAUGAGAGGGACCCGGAGUGGCUCAGGGAGAAGACCGCUAUGCAAAUCGAGGAGUUCACAGAUGUCAAUGAGGGAGAGAAAGAGGUCAUGAAACUGUGGAACCUGCAUGUAAUGAAACAUGGAUUCAUAGCUGACAACCAAAUGAAUCAGGCGUGCGUGUUGUUUGUGGAGCAGCAUGGCACAACCAUCGUCGAGAAGAAUCUGUGCCGGAACACUCUGCUCCAUCUGGUCAGCAUGCACGACUUCGGCUUAGUGAAUACACUGACUAUAGACAAGGCCAUGGCUCACCUGAGAGAUCUGAAACAGCAAAAAGACAGCCAGGAGCAAUCCAAAAAGCAAGACCGUGCUCUUGGCGGAUCCAGCGCCGAUGGCGAAGUCAGCGUAUCAAAUUUAGUCAAGACCCAGAAUCACUGAAACCUCCUCCUCUGUCAGUGGGCGUCAAACGCCCCCUGGAUGUGAGAUCCACCACUUUCUGCACUCACAGGGUUAAAGCUGUCUAGUUAGGAACAGGUUGUGUGGUGAUUUGACUGGACGUCAUCUGAGUUCAAAGCAACUCUAGAUUCAAAUUACUUGAAGAUGCCAUUAGUCUCUAUGAUGAACCAUAAGCAAAUCAUUUCUGAUUUGUCUCUACCCACACAAUCCUGUAGCUCUAGCAAGUUGUUUAAGGUGCCUGUUUUUUAAGGACUAUGAAAAGAUUUUUUUAAUAUAUUUUGAGUAUUGAUGGAUGGAAAUGGCUCCUACAAACUUGCUUUUAUUGCAUAUUUUUCACAGGGGUUGAUCAACUCAUUCUGAAAACUUGAACAUUUUAGUUUUGCUGGUGUAUAAGUUUUUUUUUUUUUUUUUUUUUUUUUUUUUGCCACAUCAAUGUUUCACCACACUUGAAGACUUCAAAUGACUUUUUUUUUUUUUUUUUUUUUCUUCUUUCUUUGGGAUCUCGGACUGAAGAAAAAACAUCAGUGCUGCAGGCUGUCUGUCUACACUGCAUUUUUUUUUUUUUUUUUUUAAAGUUUAGUUUAUCAAGUUAUUCAGAGCCUUAAUUCCACUGACUUUGCAACACAGAUACAUGCAGGUACAGGGUACUGAAAACAUAGUGGGCUGGGAUGCUUUGCAGAAAUGUUUACACUUGCCUUACCCAUGGAAAACAUGGACUCUAAGCAGGGUUUGAAUUUUUGGUGUAAAUUGGUGUGAACAGAUUUCUUUUACUCUUCUUUGAAUUUCAGUGACUCUUUAUGGCACACAAUACUGUGUCCAGUUCCACCUAUUAAGAUACAUUAGUUUUCUCUCAGUGCUUCUACUCUACUGCUGUAUCCAACAGUUUACUUUGGCUACACUUGCCUUUCAUGGUGCCCAUUUGUUCUAUUUUCAGGUGUUUCUGAAGAAACUUGUUGUAACAUGUACAUAAAUUUAGUGAAAUGACAUGGCUUUGCUAAAGGUGACUGCAUUCCAGAAGGAAGAUUAUUUUAGACCAAAGUGAAAUGGCUACAAAUGUUUGUCUAGUUUGUUUCAACUCAGAAAUGUAAGUCUUCAUAGUUGUUUUUUCAUUGUUGUUGUUGUUGUAUGCAUCUGUUUUAAAAGAAAGGGAUAUGUUUGUAAAACAUUACUGCUUUAUUUAGCUAAAACUGUGCACUGGUUUAAAAAAAGUUUUUUGUCAAUAUUUGAGAUCAAUUACUUAACCGGCUGAAGCAGUUGCGUAACUGCGAAUGUGUAACACUCAAUAACAGCAUCAAUCACACAAGAUGUGGAUUACUGAUAUAAAUUAAUAUCACAAAAAAGAUAUUUAUAUCAAGAAUAUGAUAGGAACAUAAUGAAACCUGCUUGAGUUUCUAAAUUAUGCUGAAACAAGUGCUUCAGGUUGUUCUUUAUUUAAAAUAAAGAUUUUUUUUUUGUUUUACAAUUGA